UUAUAUUUUCUUAAUAUUGUUUCGACGGCCACCUACGGUGGCGAGUCGGUACUGGGAGCCAACUUUCGCCCAAUGCUUCUGGCACGACUACCGAAGGAGGGUUGGUGGGAACUUAAAGAAAAUUGUGGAGAAGAGUUCUUUGUGGAGACAAAAUAUGAUGGAGAACACGUCUUAAUGCAUAAAAUCUCCUGUGAUAACUACAUAUGGUACACAAGAAACGGCAAAGACUUCACUAAGGACUACGGUUCUACAUCCUCGCAAACGGAUUUGCUUUCGGGAAGAAUCCAUCCACAAUUCCGUUCAUCGGUGAAUGACUGCAUUCUGGAUUGCGAAUUGAUGCUCUGGGAUAAGAAACUAAAGAAAUUGUGUCGUCGGCAAUUCAAAUCACACAACUCAGAACACAGAAAUCAUUCAUUCCGUCAUUUGGACCCGAGUGAUAAUGUCCAGUUGGUUGUAAUUGUAUUUGAUUUACUCUAUCUGAAUGGGAAGUCCAUAAUGAAUGCACCGCUUUAUCAACGAUUACGAGCUUUGGAUACGGGUGUUCUGAAAAAUAACCGGAGUGUCAACACGAUAUCAAUCGCUCCAAGGGCAACAAUCAGUACAAAGGAAGAGGUCGAAAGCCUAUUCCAAAAAGCAUUAAGUGCAGGUGAAGAAGGUAUUGUGGUUAAGCGAAAGGAUGUUAUUUAUCAGCCAGGUACCAGGUUGGAUAAUGGCUGGUUCAAACUGAAAGCUUAUCUGAGUGAUAACGAACUUGACGUAGCCCUUGUUGGUAUAAUGCCGGAAAAGGGAAAAAAUGGAGAAGUUGCUUACCAGCUGGCCGUUCGAGAUGGUUUGUUCUUUGAAUCGUUGACUGAAUGUUAUUGUUAUAAUUUCAUGACUAGAAGCAAACUUAGGUUAAUUCAUAUUACUGUAAAGGUGGUGGAGAUUACUGCAGCUGGCAUUCGGGAUGGGAAAUUCAUUGAUCCGGUGAUGCGAAGAAUUCGGUAUGAUAAGGAUGUGGAAGAGGUAGACACGAUGGCCACAUUUCAUGAAUACGAGCAAGUGUUGGCGAACAGCAAGUUGUCGAAUAAGAGUCCCACCAAGCAAAAACCUAGAAAACUCACAAAAAGGAUGAUAGUUGAAGCCAGUAAGUUCAUUGUUAAAGUAGCGAAACUGUGCAUGAUGGAGGUAUGGUAG